AUGGAAGAAAGGCAGCAUCACAAGGAGGGAUUUCUCCUCUGCCUGAUUCUCUAUGUUCUGUUUCAAGGUUCCCCACCCCAAAUUGGGAGCAGUGAUGCCUACACCAUCAACUGCACAGGGUUUGACCUGUAUGGGGUGGACCCUGCUGCCUUCCAGUCGGUGUUUGAUAGAAAGGCCUUCCGUCCGGUUAUCAACUACAGCAUUCCCACCCUAGUCAACAUCUCCUUCACCCUGUCUGCCAUUCUGGAUGUGGAUGCCCAGAUUCAGCUCCUGACGUCCUUUCUCUGGGUGAAUAUGUUUUGGGACAAUCCAUUCAUCAGCUGGAACCCAGAAGAGUGUGGGGGCCUGAAAAAGAUCAGCGUGACAGCGAAGAACCUCUGGCUCCCGGACAUCUUCAUCGUAGAGUUCAUGGAUGUGGACCAGACCCCACCCAACCUCUCUGCAUUUGUGCAAAGCACUGGCCGGAUCAGAUAUGAUAAACCCAUGAAGGUGACAAGCAUCUGUAACCUGGACAUCUUCUACUUCCCCUUUGACCAACAGAACUGUACCCUAACAUUCAGCUCUUUCCUGUACACAGUGGAUAAACUGCUGCUGGGCAUGGGAAAGGAAGUGUGGGAGAUCGCAGACAAUUCGCGUGAUAUCAUUCGGACCCAAGGGGAGUGGGAACUCCUGGGCAUCACCAAAGCAACCCCACAGUUGGCAGUGGGCUCCAGUCUUUAUGACCAGAUCAUGUUCUACGUGGCCAUCCAACGACGGCCCAGACUCUAUGUCAUAAAUCUUCUGGUGCCCAGCGGAUUUCUGAUAGCAAUCGAUGCCCUAAGCUUCUUCCUGCCAAUUGAGAGUGGCAACCGGGCCCCUUUCAAGAUGACCCUGCUGCUGGGAUAUACUGUCUUCCUGCUCAUGAUGAAUGAUUUAUUGCCACCCAGUGGCACCCCCCUCAUCAGUGUGUACUUUGCUCUGUGCCUGUCCCUGAUGGUGGUCAGCCUGCUGGAGGCUAUCUUCCUUACCUACCUUCUGAAUCUGGUUACUACGCAGCCGCCACCCAUGCCCCACUGGCUCCAUUCACUGCUGCUGUGCUAUCUCAGAAUAACAGACUGCUACAGGAAGUCCCAGAAAGAAACCAGGGGCACUGGGCCCAACCCCAUCCAUCUGCCUGGGCUGAUGGAGCCAGUGGUUAUGGCAGCAUGGGUACCAGGCUCUAGUGAGGCUGGGCUAAAUGGAGACCCGAGAUCAACAAGGGCACCGUUGGAAGAGCAGGCCCAGGGGCAGCCAAUGGUUAACUUGUGGGGGACAUUCUGCCUUAUUCUGGACUCACUGCUCUUCUGGGUUUAUCUGCUGUUCAUGAGCUCCUCUCUCAUCACAGUCAUUGUUCUCUGGAGCUCCUAGAAGUAUGGUAACCCCACCC